UUAUUAGUACCAUCGCAUGAUCCUUCAACGCCUUUCGUAACCGAAACAUCUCCUCCCGGUCGUCCUCCCUUCUCCUUUUCAUCGUACGAAUUCCGCAGGACAGCCCAUCAAAAUCCCUUCUUUUUCUUGUUCUUGCACUCCGAUUCUUUGAUAUUUCUCGCCCAAUUUCUUUCGCCGGCUCUUCGGGGUUGGGUCGGAUUCUGCAUCGGCGGGAUUUCAGAGGAGUUGUUGUUCUAAAAUCCCUAGAAUCUCCAUGUAUGAGAAGGAUCUCCUCGAAUCGCCAUCGGUCUGCAGAUUUGUGGUUGUGGAAGUGUUGUAAUCGACAAUGUAGUUUCAUGUGAAGGCAGCAGUUAAUGGAUGCACGUAACAUUGAGCCCCUUGGUGCUACAGCACAGUCGAAGUCCACUCAGGAAGAAGAUAAUUCUGGUCCACCAUUGCUCCCUUCAGAGAAAAGCAAUACCACUCUGGCCACCCGUAAGCCUCGCACUGUUGCUUCUAGAUACAUGAAUGGGAUCUCACCCACUCCAGUUUCACCGUCUAGUAACUCAAAACGAUGCUCCUCUCCAAUUUCUAGUUGCAGUCACACGUCCACUGUGCCUGGGAUGUCAAUGCCUAAGCGAUCCCAGUCAGCUGAGAGGAGACCAGCGAAGCCUUCACCAAGGUUUUCUGCACCAUCAUCCCCAUCUAGACCUUCUACUCCACCUUCUCCAUCUUCUAGAUCAGCAACUCCAGUCCGAGAUGCUAUUGUAACUCACAAUACCGCACGACACUUGCUCAGCAACAAGGCACGAGAUGGUUUGUGGCCUUCAAUGCGGAGCCUAUCUUCUUCUUUCCAGUCAGAAUCUCUUGUAGUUCAGGAAAAAAAGAGAGAAAAGUUUGUGGCAAAUUCCUCCUCUGUUAAAUCAAUUAAGUCUUUAGCUGAUGCUGAUGCUGUAUCUGAGAGGAAGAGGACUCCUUUGAGAGGAAGAAACUCAUCUGACCAAUCAGAGAAUUCCAAACCACCAGGAAACUUGAAUGCAAAGAUCUUAGAUCAACAUCGGUGGCCAGCUAUGAUGGGAGGGAGAUUGCCUCCAAGUGUCAUGUCUAGAAGUUUGGAUCUAUCUGAUAAAAUUAGCAAAUCAACUAGAACAAUUGCUUCACGAGGAGUCUCCCCUAAUAGAAUCAAUCACUCUACUGAUAGUGCAUCCAGAGAUUCCAAGUUCUCACUAAGUAAUAAAUCUGAACAAUCAUUGAAUCAUGGAGGUAGAAAAGUAGAACGAGAUGUGAAACCUGUUGUAAGUUCAUCACAAACUACUAUGAGGUCUUCAUCUGCAAAACGCCCAAGUAGUAAUCAGUCAUCAGGCUCUCCAGGUUUGCGUCCUUCAUCACCUAGUGCUCGGUUACCAGUCAUCCCAGGUUUGCAUCAUCCUUCGUCUCCAAGUAAGGUUUUAUCAGCAUCAUCAUUGACAUCUAAGGGGAUGAUGAGUCCUUUGAGGACAAGGCCAUCUUCCCCAAUGUCAUUGUCAACCAAUGUUACUAGCAGAGCUGGUGGUGCUUCCUCUGUCUUUAAGUGUAGUGGUGAUGUGCAAAGAGGAAAGUUAACUGCCAGUGAGAUAGAAGAUGCUCAUCAGCUGAAAUUGCUGUAUAAUGCAAUUAUGCAGUGGCACUUUGUCAAUGCCCAAACAAACAAUACAUUGUCAAUUCAAAGAAUGAGGACAGAGAAUCUUCUUCAGAACGUCUGGAAUAAUAUGUCAAUGGUGCGUGAUUCUGUCACCAUGAAAAGGAUUGGUGUGCAUCAAUUGCAGGGGGACUUGAGGUUGGGUAUUAGUUUGAAAGAACAGAUGACAUAUCUUGAACAAUGGGCGACACUAGAAAAGGAUCACUUUAGCUCUUUGUCUGGGGCAAUCAAAGCUUUAAAUUCAAGCACUCUACGGCUCCCUAUUACAGGAGGAGCAAAGGCAGAUAUAACUGAUAUGAAGAAUGCAGUUAGUUCAGCAGUUGAUAUAUUGCAAGCCAUGGGCUCCUGUGUCUGUCGUUUAUUGUCUAGGGUUGAAGUUACAAAGUCUCUCAUUUCUGAGAUUAAAGCUGCUGCCGAAAACGAAAAAUCCAUGCUUGAUGAAUGCAUGAAGUUACUAGCUUUUGCUGCAGCUGAGCAGGUGCAGGAGUCCAGUCUCAGGGCACAUUUGAUGCAUCUCAGCAAAGAUGCUCGCAAGCUAAAUUAGCAAAACGAGUUACCAGAUGAUGUGAUCGAUGCUUAUCGUGCGCAGCAGUCAUUGAUUAGAAGAGACUUUUUGCCUCUUCUACUCACUUUUUGCCUCUCCAGAGGGCCAAGCUACAUGCAUUUCCCAGUGCAAUACUGCAAAUAGCCCACUGAAACAGAAAGCAUUGAAGGAUAGAAAGCCAAAGAAUAGUGGCAGUAAGAAUGCAGGACUGCUACUCGUAAAAAGAGACAGUCCUCGAAUUUACUAACCACAUACUCAUCGAUGAUAUGUCACCCAGAAUAAUUAGGUCUGAUCUUUAAAAGUUUUUGAUUACUAAUUGGUGUACUUAUUUGAUGUAGAUCACAGUGGCAUUCCGUAGCACUCAGUUUCAUUAGCUUGCAAAUUAGUAUAUUUUUCUUUCAAAAAGAAGAGAAAACUGAAGUUCACCA